UACCUGCAAGGUGCUCAGCGGCCUAGAAGACAAGGUCUGCCUUUUUGCAAAACAAAGUAGUCUGACAUUAAUACGAAGGAAUUUUUAUUUGACAUCCACGACCGUUAGAAAUGGCCUCACGAGGCAGUGUCUUAGUGUGAAUUUCUAUCGAACGGGAAGUUUAUCUGUCACAUAGCAGCAUGCUCCUCGUGAACAGGUUAUAUCUCACGAAUUUAACUCAAGUUCGACCUUAGGCGCAUGGAUUUGUUCGCGAAAGGAGUCAAAUGUUUGAUCAACUGACGUCAAAGUUGCAUGAUUAUAUGUUUAUAACAGAUACCAGUGGGCAUUGAGACGAGUGCCAAAACAAAUACACAUUGAACUGUAGUAUUUACGAUCGCUCAAUAAACGAUACAAGGCCAUCGACACUGGCAGCAAGAUCAACAAAAUAGAAUGAUGCCAAUCAUAAAAAGCUGGACAGAUCGGGGCAGCUCGCAUCUCUGAUGGAUGCUUACGGGGUUCCUCGAUUUAUCUUGUGCCCUGACUGCAACGAGAAGUACGAUGACUAUGAAAAAAGAAGAGUUAUAGACUCAUGCGGGCAUCCGAGGUGUUUGUCGUGUUUGCGUAACGACGGUAUCUGUCCACAAUGCAACCGUAAGCGUGAACGGAUGAAAGCAGAAAAAAAUGGUACUAUCGAAGUUGAGACAAAACGGGAACCGAUUGGAUAUCUAGAAUGGAGAGCACGCUCACCUUCAGCGCCAUCUGCAAUUGUAACACAAAAGUGGAACAAGAGACACAGGUCCAGAAGUCUUGUUCAACUGCACAAUCGGACCACGUUUAUGCAAAGAGAUACAAAGAACAGAACUGAGCAAGUAAAUGCAUUUCAGAUCUUGCAUAAUGGUCAGGAUUCUGAGGCCGUCUCAAGUUCUGUAAGCUCGUCAACUGAAAAGCUGUAUGGAAACAAGUCAGCUGCGUGGGCAAGGGGCAGCGGUAGCGCCGAAGGGAUGGUAAGAGCAGCAGGGAUCGGAGAGGAGAACACUACCAGAGUGGAUCGUAAAAUGUCCUUCAGCUCGAUUCUGAAUCGAAAUAGUGAGUCAUAUAAGCAAAUCAGAUUCAGAAGAGCUUCCAGCUUUUCUGCGAUGCCCACUGAGCCAGUAACUCUACGUACUAACGCAACUGCUCCGUUUGAAUCACGAAUCCGUAUUCCCCAUCGGCAAAGACCACUAUCUCUUAAUAGCUACGAGCUCGAAAGACUUAAAAUGAGCUCGCAUUUACCUUCGCCUUCUGAGGAAAUGGAAAUACGUAACGGGAGUGAUGACUUUAAAUCGUCUAAGUUUGAAACUGUAGUAGAAAAAGCUGCAGCCUGGCUAGAAGAGAGCAAAUCGGUAAUGAGAAGUCAGUGCUUUUCUGCCGAAACAGGCACCUCAAACGCAAAUUCGGACCUUGUGGAUGGCAAAAUGGAGAAUGUUGAUGCAGCUAUAACACCUCAAAGCAAAGAAGAAGAUGAAAUAAACCUGGAUGGCAAUGAUUCUCUUUGGAGUGACUACAGUGAAAAUGAUAGUGUCGUGCAUCUAAAGGAUUUUUUUAAGCAAUUUGAAGGGGAUGGCAAGCCCGAUGAUAGAAGCACAGGCCGUUUUCUUAGUAGCGCUGACUCAACUGGUGUAGCAGAAGAAGACAAAAAAAUAAAAUCAAACAUAACGAAAGACAAUAACUGUUCUUACAUUUCAGACUUGAGAGCAUUGCUACAGAAUUUGCGUGAGAAGAAAACAACUUGGCUAGCCAAAGACCAGUCAAAAACAAAAGAGUCUGCAGUUGAAAAUCAUUUUAUCGGGAGCAAAAGCGAUGCUUCGUGCCAGUUUAAUGGCGACAGUGGUGCAUCAAGUCCACGCGUAGUCAGCCCAAGACGUUUUGGGACUCACGCUAAUCCAUUUGAGCAAAUGGCGAUAGAUGGUAGUAUAAAUUCUCCACCGCAGCUGAUUGAGUCUGAUCGCCCACAGUCUUGUAAAAUCGACGAUAACAGUUUGGACGAAGGGUUGGGUGCGAUUGGACAGCCUCGUUCCUGCGAUUUAAAUGAAACAUCAGAAAAUAACCGAGACUGUUGUAUUAGUAGAAUGAUUAAGAGUCCUGGGGGGAGGCACGAGGCAGAGGAAAUUGAAAAGGAAGGCGAAAACAAAACAACUAUAACGCGUAAACAACGAGAACAGGACGUCAGACAAGCCGAGGAGCGUGCGUCGACUAGCAGCCCACUGGGAAAGGUCUUCAAUGAACACCCAUUCAGGAACUCAUGCAGAACUGUAUCGAUAAAUGAAAGCUCUGAAGAAAAAAGAUUUUGUGAAGGCAACAGGGAUGAUGUAUUUGAUCUAAUAACAAGAAGGGCACAGCCGCCAACAAAACUGCACAGAACAUCAAAAAGUACAAGUGAGAUCGAAGUACGCAUUGCAGAGGUACAGUACUUUUCUGCAUUCAAGAGAAAUAGAAGAAGACGAACUACGAGCUCGAGCAGUCUUUUGAAAUGGAAAGUGGACCUGAUUUCAAAUGAGGUUGACGUUGAUUCAUUCACCGAUAAUACUUCACUAGAAGAUGAACUAUCCAAUGUAGGGCAGUUAUUGCCUGAGAAGACAAUUUAUGUGAACAAGGAAAGGAAACAAGAAGCAACAAUCCAGACUCCAAAUUGUCUUAAAAACUCUGAAACAAAGGAUCAAGGUGAUGUCGGUAGCAAUGAUUCUGAUCGCAUUGCUUUUCUGAAACGUGACUGCUCGAAUAAGGAAACUAUCGAAGUAAUUGUGAGGGAGACUAAAGAGGCCGGUGAAUGCCCAGAAGAUCCUCGUCCAAUUGACUGUUUUCUAGAAGAUUGCAGUAUCGAUAACAUGGCAGAAAUGUCAUUGCAUUCUCCGAAUACUUUACAAGAUUCAUUGAACCCUGAUAGCAUGUUAUCGUCAUCAGAAGACGUUUCGGAGGGAUGGACGGAGAGCAAAUGUUGUGUAGAGGCAAUUUUGAAGAACAAAACAGAUGACUGGAAGACAGCAAAUUUUGAUAAGAUUCGUGGGAACGUUUCCGGAAGUGAGAGUUUUCGUAAUGGAGAUGGCUGUAAAGUAAAUUUGAAAGACGAGGGACCCGUUGUGUUUGUUAAUCAAGAUGAUUUCGGAACAUCAUGGUUCAAAGAAAAGAGGAAAAAAAGAGGAACAACGGAAGUCAACGGUUCCGAUUCUAAGAAAGUACAUCGACGCUCAAAGCUGACAGGAACCACUUCGCCAUCUCAAGGUGAAACUAAUUUGGGAUUUUUCCGUGGGAAGUUGAAAAAACUGACAAAAUGGUCCAGACGCCAUUCGGAUAUUGAUUCAAGUAAUCAGACAACUAAGGAAAAGAUUUCUGGAAAUAAGAAAGAAAAAGGAAAAUUGAAAAAGGACAAGCAUUCAGGCGACAGUACCGCAAAAAGAUCUCAGAACGUUUCGUUGUAUGAUUUCAAUCGUAACUUUGUCUUGUCGUCAGACUUUGUUCGAAGUUCCAGGAGAAGGAGAGAACAGCUGAAAUUUGAUAGAAAUGGGGUCAGUUCCACUACCCUUCCAGUGAAAAGAGCUCGUUCUUCAAAUCCGGUCCAUAUGACUGGUUCUAUUAAGCCGAAGAUUAUUUCAGGAAAUAGUUUACAUCAAAAAAAGUUAAUUGCUCAAGGCUCCAGUCACCUAAAUGUUGAUGACCAAACAUCGCUGACUACAGUUUCGGCUUUGUCUACAAAGCUCCAAGAUUCAAAUUUAUCUGAGCACGAAUCAACAAUCACUUUGACUGGCAGUGAUACCAGUGAUGAUAGCGAUUCGACUAUUAGUGGUCCGUUGAUGUUUUCUAGUUCCUCAUCCUCAGAUGCAAUCAAUGAAUCAGUUGAUAAAACAGAGAUGCCAGACUUCAGGUCACCAAGUCGAAUCCAAGAAGAUCUUGCAGUGCUUCUUGAGAGAAAGAUGACGCGGAAGAAACAGGGAAUUGAAGAAAUAGAUUUUCAUCCGCUAAUUCCAACAACAAAAGGCAAGGCUUUGGUUUCAAGGGACUGGUUGUACGAUCGUGUCCAUCACUUAGUUCUUGGAAAAAGAAACAGCAGGUCACGUGCAUUGGUGGUAGUUGGGAAUCAUGGGUGUGGGAAAACUACUUUUUUAAAGUCAAUAGUAUGGAGUGAUUCAUUCAGCCAUCGUAAGAGCCGUGUUCGGGAAGCGCUGUCCAGUUCGGUGCUGUCGUAUCAUUUCUGCUCGCAAGUUGAUAGCAGGACAACUUCAACGUCCAAAUUUGUACUGAAUAUGGCGGCAUGUCUUAUCGAAAAUAAAGAUUUUGCUUCAUACACCAAAGCUUUGUCAGAAAAUAGCAAGAUUCAGGAUUAUAUAAAUGCUGAGACUACAGAAAAGACCCCAGAGUUGGCUUUUAGAAAGGGAAUUCUCGAGCCAUUGAAUGAAAUUUGCCAAUCGAAAGUUGCAACAAAAGAGACCACAAGGCGGUACUUGAUAUUGGUUGAUGCUUUGGAACAUCAAUGCACAAAGUGUAGCCCCGACGAAUGCGUAACUGCACUUCUAGCUAAUAAUUUUCAGAUCCUGCCAUCAUGGAUCAGUCUCGUUGUUACAGGUUCCAAAGAGAGUUUGGAGGCUUUCAGCAACAAAGGUGUUGAAGAGAUAUGUUUGGAUAAUGUUGCAAAUUGGGAUAUCCAAAGUGACUUGUACAGCUUUACAGAAAUGGAACUUCCUAUCAUCGCCUCCGAGGGCAUUUCCAAAGCAAAGAUUCGACGCCUUGUUGAUAAUGUUGUGAGGUUCAGCAAAGGAUCUUUCCAAAUUGCACACAUGGCCAUCCAAUAUUCAUCAAGCUCAUUUUCAAGUAUUAUGCAUCAACCAAAUCUUCUUUCAUUAGAUGAAAUCAAGCUGGUCAGCCAUUUAUUCAAGUUAAAAUUCGCUGUAGUUGAACGAAAUCGCAUUCUUGCGUUGUCUUUGUUAGACGUCUUGUUCGUAUCAAAAGUCCUACAAACUUUGUCGAGCCUGUAUAAAGUUGUUGAAUGUAGCUGCUCCAGUCAGCAAAUUUCUUUUCAAGAGUACAAAGCGUGCUUGGAAAAACUCUUAGACCUUCAAAUGAUCGCGGAGAGUGCAGAAGGGAAGCUCUUUGUCACUAACGCUACCCGAAAGUGGCUCCAAAGCAGCGACGGGCUAAAGAUUGGCUUUAACCCAAGUAAAGGACACAAUCUCUUAUCUGUCUACUACAUGAAAACCCUGACCAGCACUGAGGGGAGAAACAUUUUUCAACUCGCCUAUCACCUUGCGCUGUCAAGCUUUGGAGAAGACAUCCAAGAUUCUGAAAACAAAGUCCGCUUUUUGGCCUGGACAUUUGCCCAGGUCUUCAAGAACUCUACCGCCGGGUUUUUAGAGCUAUGCAACGUUUAUCGACCAAUACCAGAAGUCUACCAUCUUUUCCUGCACACAGAUUUAGAUUUCAAGCCAUUCGAGAAGAGGUACGGAAUGCAUCCAAUCGUUUUUGCAUCUUCUUUGCAACAGCCAGCAAUCGUGUCUUUGCUGCUAGAUCAUGAUCUCUUUGAUGAUACGCAUCUUCAGGAGGCAUUGAAGGAGGCUUCACGAGCUGGCAGUGUGGAAAUUAUUGAUCUUAUUUUGCAAGUAAAGGCACGGAUACCUCAGCUGAAGUGCGAGGAAACAGGCGGUGGAAAAGAGUUUCUUGAAAUGGCUUUGGACAACAACCAUUUAGCAGCCGCAGUGAGGUUAUUAGAAAUGAUUUGGGAAGAGGGUGAUGAUGAAGAAACAAAGGCCCUUGUCUCUCGACGAAUCCUUUGCAAUGCUUGCCAGGCAGGAAAAAUAGACAUUGUUGAAAUGCUUUUGCAAAAAGGCAUUGAUGUUAAUAUCCCAGACAUCCUUGGGAAUGUGGCAUUGGUCGUGGCAGCUUCAAAAAAUAAUCUAGUUGUUGCGAAGCGUUUGGUUGAGCAUGGCGCUAUAAUCGAGGCUGUUGAUGCAAAUGGCCUAACACCAUUGAUUGCCUCUGCGAUGCACUGUCAUGUGGAGAUAUCAGAGUGGUUAAUAAGCCAAGAUGCGAAUGCAGAUGCAGAGGAUAGAGAAGGAAAGACGCCAUUACUCCAUGCUGCUGCCCAUAAUUUGAGCCAGCUGGUGCAUAGUCUCUUUAUGGAAGGAGCAAGCUUGAAUCACCAAGAUAAGGAAGGACUCAGUGCUCUUGCGGUAGCUUGCAAGAAUAGCUGCCUCGAAGCAGUUAAAGUACUUUUGAAGAAUAGAGCAUUCACAGAUACCGAAGACAACGAGAACAGGACAGCCUUGCAUUACGCAUGCGCAAAUGGAAGCCUAAGGAUCAUUCAGCUUCUUCUCGAUAGCGGUGCAAACAUAGGCCACAAGGAUUUGAGAGGACUGAAACCAUUUGAAUACGCACUGUCUGAGAAGCAGCUUGAUGCUGUGGUUCUUCUUUUGAAGUAUGGGGCCCACAUCGGACGCACUGCUCGCAAUAUCGCUAUGAGAGACAUUGAUUUAUUUCUUUGUCUGAUCAAUCAUUUAGAGCAAAGAGGCAAUAUUAUGAUUAGGGCUGGAAAGUACGUUGAAGCAAAUGAAUGUUUCCAAAGAGCCAUGAACAUGAUCGAAGCCUCGAAGUUUCGCACAAACAAGAGAGUCAUGAGAGUUAAGCUUCUGUGCGAACAGGACUCGAGGAAGAAGUUCAUCUAAUUAUGUCAAUUUGAAGUGAUACUUCUAAAUGUUUCCAAAAACUAUAUUUGCCUUGGAUUCUAUGCACAAUGUUUAUAGAUUUGUAUAUAAUUGAUUUUGGAAUAGAAACAAUAAAGUUUUUCAAUAGUUUUGUUUCCAUGUA